AACGCGGGUCUGUGUCACUCUGUGUGUAUCCUUGGACGACCCUCGCCACACCGCCCGUUCACAUACCAAAGAGUAUCUGAACAUGUCGGGCAAGAGCAGUAUGGACAAGGAAACCACGAAGAAAAUAGAAGAAUUCCAGUCAGCUGCCUCAGUGGUUGCUGAGAACGUCGUCUUCCGGAUUUUCCCAUGCAAAAUAUUAGAGAUACAGCAGCUCAUUGACUCUACCAAUGACUCGUCAUCGCAGUUUCACACCUCUCACGCUGCCACUUCCACCAAUCCGACGGUUUAUCCUCCACCCAACUCCACGGAGGAAGGGCCGGAUGUCAAGAAGCGCAAGUUGCACUCUAGCGAUGCCAAUGGCGUCGUGUCCAUGGGCUUAACAGCAGCGAAUGAUAUACACCACGCUGUGUACCCAAACCUCGUCAAGUCCAAUCAACACAUUGACAACGUGCAUACCGUAGUGAAGAGGGAAUGCGAGCAGCUGGCUGAUCUAUGUGACAAGGUGAAACUCUGGGUCAACUUGUCUAUGCCAAAAAUCGAAGACGGGGAUAAUUUCGGUGUUCAAAUACAGGAGGAGGUUCUCACUGAGCUCCACCGUUCGCAAGAAAGCGCAUUCAACAUUCGGGACGCGGGUCGGCUAGACCAUCUGAACCGCGCAAAAAUCUGCUCGAAGAUUGUGAAGUACCCCCAUAUAGAGGACUACACCCUGGCGCUGAAGGAGCAUGAUGAGAAGCAGCUUUAUGUUGCGCGGCAGAACCUCCACGACCUCCGGAACGUAUAUGCCAUUUUGACUGACAUCUUGCACAAGAACAUCGCGAAGAUUCGCUCGCCGAAGGGGAACAAUACCUCCGGGAUGUAUUGACCUGGCUAGCCAUCGCGUGACAGAAUUUUACGGGCAGCCGCUGGCCGCGGUGCUCGGGGCACCAUCCAUGUUUCCCCACACCGAUGUCGUCAAUGCUGGAAGUUCAAGUCCGCUACCAUAUGUCUAUCUCCCGCGAUGUUCGCCCCCUCUAAAUCUGUCACGGUGUCCUUAGCUAUUCUUACGACGGCUCCUGCGCCGGACCGUUUGGGACUCGACUGUUGUCUCUUCCGAUAUCACUUGGCUCAUAGGACAGGAACGUGCAGCCGAAUAGACGAGACCAUUUAUAAAUAGCCAUAGAGUAAAAGUAGCACAAGCACAAGGCUAUCUAUGUCAUUGGCACUGGACAUCGGAACAGCAUCCUCACCCGUUCACUCUGC